ACGCGCAAUUAAAUCCACGAGACCGCAAAUCCACAUGAAGUGCGCCAUUUGAGACAGGGCCCAAGUGUGCACUCAGAGGAGGUCGUCUAGUCUAGUGGAUUAUCAAGCAGCUGCUCCGGCGCGUUGUAGUGACGUAAGCGCGCUGACACGUUCACGCGACUGGCGGGAAUCUGGUGAAACGUACGGUGUCAACAAGUCAGAAUUAAGUUCUACUUUAUUUCAUUUCAUAGAGAUUUGCUUUGAUUUAUUAUCCUCUUUAAGUCCGGACAGCUUUAGGAGAUAUGCAGGCGUUUCUGAAAGGAUCUUCAUCACAGAGUGUUAAAGCUCCAAAACCUUCAUCAUCCUCCUCCUCAUCAGCUGGAGAGAAGAAACAGAGAGCAGUUCCCUGGGUGGAGAAAUAUAGACCAAAGUGUGUGGAUGAAGUAGCUUUUCAAGAGGAGGUGGUGGCAGUCCUGAAGAAAUCUCUAGAGGGUGCUGAUCUCCCCAACCUGCUGUUUUAUGGACCUCCUGGAACAGGAAAGACCUCCACCAUCCUCGCUGCUGCAAGAGAACUCUUCGGACCCGAGCUGUACCGACAGAGAGUUCUGGAGCUCAAUGCUUCUGAUGAACGAGGCAUUCAGGUGAUCCGUGAGAAGGUGAAGAACUUUGCCCAGUUGACGGUGGCGGGUUCGAGGACAGACGGAAAGCCGUGUCCUCCGUUUAAGAUAAUCAUCCUGGAUGAGGCAGAUUCUAUGACCAACCCCGCUCAGGCGGCUCUCAGACGCACCAUGGAGAAAGAGUCUCGGACAACACGCUUCUGUCUCAUCUGUAACUACAUCAGCAGAAUCAUUGAGCCGUUGACUUCAAGAUGCUCCAAGUUCCGCUUUAAACCUCUGGCCAAUGACAUUCAACAGGAACGUCUGCUAAAAAUCUGUGAGAAAGAAAAUCUGCAGUACAGUAAAGAGGGCAUCGAGGCUCUGGUCCGGGUGUCAGAGGGCGAUCUCAGGAAAGCCAUCACAUAUCUCCAGAGUGCCGCGAGACUCAACACUGAGCGGGAAAUUACUGAACAAAUCAUCAUUGAGAUCGCUGGGGUGGUUCCAGCUAAAGUGAUUGAAGACGUGCUGCAGAUCUGUUACAGGGGUCAUUUUGAAAAGCUGGAGAUUGCUGUGAAGGAUCUGAUUGAUCAGGGAUAUGCUGCAACAAAUAUUCUCAACCAGUUACAUGACGUCGUCAUUGAAGAGAAGCUGAACGAUAAGCAGAAAUCUGUUAUCACAGAGAAAAUGGCUGAGGUGGAUAAGUGUCUGAGUGACGGGGCAGAUGAAUAUCUACAGUUAUUGAGUCUCUGCUCUGUUGUUAUGCAGCAGGCCAUACACAACACCUGAGCCGACCAAUCAGCAGCUCUUUGUUACAACACCUGAGCCGACCAAUCAGCGGCUCUGCUUCAUGUGACAGAACGUUGUUGUUGCUUUGUUACGUUUUCACAUUUUUGUACAUUUAGUUUGUAAUUAAAACAAUCUUCUCGGCAGUCUUUCUUUAUUUUACUUGCAUGCAGCAUUCAUAAACUUAGCUGUGAUUUCUGUUAUUUGUUGUAAAACUGUGGUAAUACGAAUGCUGUGAAUCUGCCAUCAAACAUGGUUACUAGUACACUUAAUAAUAACACAAAAGCAUGGUUAAUUGUCCAAAAGGGUGCAGCUGUCAGUUCCUUUACAUAAAAGCACUGCUCACAUGUAUUUAAUGCACAUCAAUUCUGUUACUUCAAAGAGAUUUUACUUGGAAUUUUUCAUAAUGUUCGUGUGGUGGAUUUACGCGCAGGCAUUUUAACCACAGCGAGCUGAAAGUGUGAUGUCUGGUGUGUGAGUGAAGUAAUAGCAGCUGAAAAUAAAGCUGUGCCAUCAUGACUAAAAGCUGACUAUAAAUAAAUAUAAACAUUAAGCCAAAACUGUUUAACUACUGUUUAACUAGAAAUGCAGUAUUUUCUAUACAUUCCAUGCUUGGU